AUGACCAAAACAACAGAUGUACGUAUUAUGUCAACAAAUGAAUCUCAUCUUAAAACAUUUGCAAAUACCUUGAAACCUAUCUCAAGCCCACUAGAGGAAAAAACUAUAUCAGCUUCUUCUUCUUCAACUCAAGAAAUAUGUACAGAUAAAUAUCCUAAAAACUCUUCUACAGAAGAGCAACAGGAUACCUCUAGAACUAAUGAGAGUAAUAAUACUCAAACUAGCAUACCAAAAAGAACAAAGAAUAUAAUUUUAAAUACUGAAGAUACAAACAUGACAGACAAUACUACCUCUAACAAAGAAACAGCUUAA